AUGCAAAACCUCGUCUCUAACCUUGCUGCCGACGCUCUCGCAGCAACAUGCGCUGCCACACUGCUCGCGCCCAUAAUAACAGUAAUCGACAAGUCAGUAGUAGAAAGCACAGCGCACGGCAUCCCGCUCCAACAAAGCUGGCGCAACACCCUCAGCACCAUUCUCCGCCGGCCGGGCUUCCUCCUCUCAAAGCCCUUCCUGAUCAUGCACGGGCUCUACCUGUCCACGUACAUGACGGCCAACACGUGCGACACGAUCCAGUCUCUCUCAGACACCAGCGGCACUAUGGGCGCCACGACCAAGUUCGCUGCCGUCUCCAUCGUCAACAUGUCCUACGGCAUCUACAAAGACACGCGCUUCGCCGCCAUGUUCGGCCCGCGCGCUUCAACCGCUGCUGCUGCCGGCGUCGUCGCGCCCCGCCGCCCUGUCCCGCUCCCCGCGCUUUCGGCCUUCUUUGUCCGCGACACCAUCACCAUCUUUGCCUGCUUUAACUUGCCGCCGCUCCUCGCGCCCUACGUCCCUGAUGCGCUCGCUGAGUCGCCCCAGGCAAAGCGCAAUCUUACCCAGUUGCUGUGUCCUGCCGCCAUCCAGCUAGUGAGUACGCCGCUGCAUUUGGUCGGCCUGGAUUUGUAUAACCGGCCGCUGGGGCAGGAGAGCGUGGGGCUGGCGCAGCGGUUGAGCUUGAUCCGGAGGCAUUGGGGCGGCGCGUGUCUGGCGAGAAUUGGCAGGAUUGUUCCGGCGUUUGGGAUUGGCGGCAUUGUAAACGCGAAUUUAAGAGAGAAAUGGAGAAGUGGGUAG